AUGUUCUUAAUUCUGAGUCAAGGUAGAGUGAACUAAACAAUACUCCAUUCCACGUCCUGCAUCCUCAAAGCCAGCAGAGGGGGCUACACAAAGGUGUCAACACAAGGUCAAUCCAGACCGGUGGAGCACAGUCCUUUGGGCAGCCGUCUCUUUUCCCUUUACUAUGCGUCAUCUUUGUCUGGUGAUAUUCUCCAUCCACAAUUUGUAUGGUAUCAGAGCGCUUUGACAACCGCCUGUAUUCAGAUGAGAACUUUUUAUAGCCUAGAUACGCCUACUUUUUUCAGUUUUUGUUGUUGUUCGAUAGAAAUAACGCUUUAAAACUCUGGAAAGCACAAACUAUGACAUCCGCUUCAAGCUUAAGAGCACUAGUCUACUGUCCCUUAAACUGUCGACCUUUCUCUUUUGCAGAAUACUGACAAGCUCCUGCGAAGAGAGAUUUUUUUUUGCAACAAAUCUUCCUUGCCUGUUGCGUACUCAAGCCGUCUGGUAACGGUCAUGUCCGAGAGCGAAUGCGUGGUCCUGACGCAACAAGUUUUUUGUUUCAGACUUUGUCCUUCUACACAUCUAACUCUUGAAUGCGGGGGUUCUUUUUUCUCGCAAAUAGGCUUCUGACUUAAACGCCACGCGUUCGUGUAGUUACCUUGACGUUUUAUUAGCAUAUUGAAUUGAAUAGGGAUGGGACAGUACAGGUCACCGUUAUCUCGGCGCACAGUGGAUUAAUUUCAUAGGGACAUUUCAUUAGAGACCUUUUUUUGUCCAGCAAUAUCUGCCCAUUUCGUUUAGGAUUACUUUCUUUAUUUGUAUGGAUAUUUUCACUGAGCCUUGCAGAUAGAGUAUGCAUUCCACAGGAUGGGUGCGAACAAUGGGAAACAGAGUGGGAGUGAAGGGAAAGGCAGUUCCAGUAUUUCCUCCGACCUGAGUUCAAGUACAGAUCAGACAUCGACCAAGGCUCCAAAGAAUGCAGCUACCAGCGAAGACUCGGACCUGAGCAUGAGGACGUUGAGCACGCCCAGCCCGGCGCUCAUCCUGCCAGCGCGUUCCUCAUCGCUCCACCGCACGGUGCUCUUCAACGGCUCCUCCACCUCCUCCUCGUCCUUCACGGCGGAGACGGUUGCCAUGGUACAUGCCCCUCCCACGGGCCUCACCCGCACGUACCAGGGCGCGCGUCACCUCUGCGAUCAGCAAGAGGCGCUCAUCGACAUCCUGCCCGACCACACCUUCCUGCAGAUCUUCACACACCUGCCCACCAACCAGCUGUGCCGCUGUGCCCGCGUCUGCCGCCGCUGGUACAACCUGGCCUGGGACCCGCGCCUCUGGAGGACCGUGCGGCUAACGGGCGACGUGUUGCACGUGGACCGCGCGCUGCGCGUGCUGACCCGGCGGCUGUGCCAGGACACGCCCAACGUGUGCCUGACCCUGGAGACGGUGGUGGUGAAUGGCUGCCGUCGGCUCACUGAUCGCGGGCUGUACACCGUGUCGCAGUGCUGUCCGGAGCUGCGGCGGCUGGAGGUGGCUGGCUGCUACAAUGUGUCCAACGAGGCCGUGUUCGAGGUGGUGUCCCGCUGCCCCAACCUGGAGCAUCUGGAUGUCUCUGGCUGCUCCAAGGUCACAUGCAUCAGUCUGACGCGGGAGGUGUCCCUGAAGCUGUCCCCAAUGCACGGCCAGCAGAUCUCCAUCCGCUACCUGGACAUGACGGACUGCUUCGCGCUGGAGGACGACGGCCUGCACACCAUCGCGGCCCACUGCCCCAUGUUGACGCACCUGUACCUGCGCCGCUGCACUCGGCUGACGGACGAGGGCCUGCGCUGCCUGGUGCUCUACUGCCCGGCCGUGCGCGAGCUCAGCGUCAGCGACUGCCGCUUCGUGAGCGACUUCGGGCUGCGCGAAAUCGCAAAGCUGGAGGACCGACUGCGCUACCUGAGCAUAGCGCACUGCGGGCGCGUCACCGACGUCGGGGUGCGCUACGUGGCCAAGUACUGCUCGCGGCUGCGCUACCUGAACGCGCGGGGUUGCGAGGGCCUGACGGACCAUGGGGUGGAGCACCUGGCCAAGAACUGCCUCAAGCUCAAGUCCCUGGACAUUGGCAAGUGCCCGCUGGUGUCCGACGCCGGGCUGGAGAUGCUGGCGCUCAACAGCUUCAACCUGAAGCGGCUGAGCCUCAAGUCGUGCGAGAGCAUCACGGGCCGCGGGCUGCAGGUGAUCGCCGCCAACUGCUUCGACUUGCAGCUGCUGAACGUGCAGGACUGUGACGUGUCACUAGAAGCGCUGCGCUUUGUGAAGCGCCACUGCAAGCGCUGUGUAAUUGAGCACACAAACCCUGCCUUCUUCUGAGCGCUGAAAGGGAAUAUGUACUGUAUGGGAACAGGGGGCAGUGAGGGAGUGUGAGGACGUGUUCACUCCAUUUGUAGCAGCAUGUCACUGACACCCACCUCCUGCUUGGAAGAGUAGGAGGGUCAGAGACGUGCAAAAUGGCAUUGUCAUUCAGUGUAACGGAUGCCUUCUGCUGACUGUAACUGUAAUAAACAUGUCUCUUUUUAUUUAUUUAUUGUUACAGGCAAUUCAUGAAAGCCUCGGCUGUCAUCCAUUCACUUGAAACAAUUUAAAAAUCAUGUUUUUUUGCAGUUACAGUCGGCGGAAGGUGUCCGUAACACUGAAUGACAAACACGUCUUUGACCCAGGAGGUGAGGUUUUGAUAGGUGCAGGCAAUCUUUUUUUGUAUUUAAUGUGGAUGGAGAGGGAAAUUAAGUGGAAUUUGUAUUUAUGUUUGUGAUACAUUUUUUUUGUAUUCGAUGCCCAUGCAUUUAUAUGUUUUGAGGGACAAAGUGCUUUGAAAAGGGGUUUAGACCAACUGCUCUAUUUGUUAUUCCAGUUUUUUUGAACGAGAGCCACAUACAGUACAUUUGAACACUGGCAGGUACAUACAUGCCACCUUUCAUCUUCUGAGUUUUGGAAAAACUUUCUAGACUGCAUUAGUCUUGUGUCACAGAUCCAUACAGGUAUUGUGCAAAUUAACACUCAUUUAGUGUAAUAUUAAACAGCUCUAAAGACAAUCACACAAGUGCUACCUGAAAUUUAAGUAGUCAAUGAAUGUUUACGUUGGACAUUCAAGUACUAUACUGUAUGUCAGCUAACUCUCACCGUCACGUUUUGUUGUAGCCCAUCUUCAAGGGAAUUUUAAAUGUACCAUUGUCAUUUUAUUACAAUGUCUUGUUCACUUUCACAAUGGUCAAAUCACUAAGCACCUGUUUUUUGGCAGGUGGUUUGUUUUAAAGAGAAUUUGGAAGACUAUGGUGAAAUAAAAUUUAUAUAUAUAAAUAUAUCUAUUACUUUAAAAAUGUAUAGCAUCUCUUUCUUGUGCCCCUUUACAUAUCAAUCUAAUUUCACUGAUUCUUAGUUUUGCCACUGGAAGUACAGCGCAACAGCCACAUAACAUGGUUAAGCAAUGGCUAUAUAUUUUUGGUUUAGCAGUGCAAUAUAUUACUCUAUUACCGAUGUUGUGCAUACAGACAAAAGUAGAGCUAUUAACUGUGCAAAGUGAACAGUCACAUUCUUGCUUCACUGUAUUUACACCCACUGUACCCACUAUGCUAGUAGUUGUGAAAAAAUAUUUUAUUUAUUUAGACUAACCCUUCUUCAUAUGGUAGCCACCCCUGCUUGCAAUAAGAUAAGCCUUUGACGUCCUACACAUAGCCAUUUAUCCCAAGUCUUUAGU